AUGCCUUGUCAUAAUUGCUCAGAUCCUCUUGCGUCACUUCUAAAUGCGAACCAUGUUUGGAACAACAUACCUGCUAUGCAUCAUGAUGUCUAUCACCACCCAGCCCGAUCGAGCUAUCACGGACAAGAUUUAGAUGUAUUCACAGCCUCAAAUGAUGACGUUCAAUCGACCAGCGCAACCUUGCAGAGUGAACAAUAUCAUCAGUAUCCAGCAACGGGCCUACCUUCCGUCGAACCAACCAAGCCCUUAUGGAAUCAGACUCCUAUUUGUUGCCCUAUCAAGACAGAGGGCUCGACAGAGGGCUCGACAGAGGACUACUUUGACGGCCGAACUCAUGUUGUCGAUUGGGACACCUCCAACUUCUUCGACAGACCAUUCGAUCCGACCAUUGCAGCCCGAGACUUUCUUUGCAUACCUUUCGCCUCAAAUUCAAACCGUGAUAUGCAAGGACUCUCCUCCGCUGCCAGCGCUUGGAACUUCCCCAGUUCACUCAGCGAGCAGUCUGACUGUGGUCGGUCAUUCAGUUCUAUCGGCAGCAUCGAUCAGCCUUCACCGAACAGCACAUAUCUCAGCGACAGCACAUACACCAACACAAACAUGUGCAUUAGAGGCAGACACGAUAUAACGCAUUCGCCAGACCCCCGAUUCUCUUUGGGAGCUCAAUCCCUCAAUCACACGGAGUCCUCGCCGCAGCACGAGCUCGGAACACCCGCAGACCAAUCGGGAAACAAUGGCGAGAUGUCGUACCACUCAAACUUUGGAGACUUGAAACACUGGCAAACUACUCCGGAUGGGUUCCAGAUACCAGUCACCGGUCGGACAUCAUGGCCGCCAGAUGAUUGGGAUUUGAAUGCGUGGGGCCAUCCGCAGGCAGCUUCUAGCCAGGCCAUCCGUUUGUGGAAUGGUAACGGCAUAUCGCCAACUGUCUAUCGGUCUCAGAGCAAUCAGAGGAAUGAUGCAUUACCACUGGGACCAUCCGAACAGAACAGCCACUCAUCAUGUGCGGACUCAGCUCAGGAGGAGCUUGAAAACAUCAACCUUCCGAACUCACGUCGAAAGAGAGAAGACUACUUCCUGGUGACCUCCAAGCGAAAAGGGAUGACUUACAAGCAAAUCCGUGAGAAAGGGGGACUUCAAGCUGCAGAAUCCACGCUGAGGGGAAGGUUCAGGGCGCUGACGAAAGAUAGGAGAGACAGGGUGCGGAAGCCAGUAUGGACGGACAAAGAUAUUCAACUUCUUCAUCUCGCCGUUCAGCGGGAGAUUGAGGGCCUGGAAGUCGGUGGCUUCGCGAGAGGAGCAAGCCUCCAUGCCCUCGAAUCGAAAGUGUCCUGGAAGAAGGUGGCUGACUGCAUCAUGGCGAACGGCGGGUCGUACCGCUUCGGCAACGCAACGUGCAAGAAAAAGUGGAAGGAAUUGAUGCACUAGGUAGGCUUGGGCUGUGUUUGAGUGAAUUGGCAGUAUUGGGUAAUUCUGUACAGUGGUACGAUAGUCAUUGCGAGCGCUGGAUUAAUGGGCAUACAAGGGGGUUCGAUUUGUGCAGCGUUCACUGGUACUCGUUGCAUCACACAGUC